GCAGUCAGUCCACACACGUCUUCGGAAAAGCAUUCACGCAGACACAGUGAUAAAGAGAAACUUCUGUAAGAAAACUUUGGAAAUUAUUAGGCAGUGAAACAGUUGGAUAGGCAAGACGUUUCUCUGAUAGCGUGCGUGACCCGAGCUGGAACACCUGUGUCACUUGGAUCUGGGAGCCUCUCGACAAACGUGAGCUCCGCGCGUAUGGCGUCUUUGGACAUGGAGCCGACCCAGAGCUGGCUCCCUCUGCCCGAAAAAGAUCCGCGGGUCGCCGGAUGGCUAAUGUUGGGGAAUCCCACCCCGAUUGUGUCGAUCCUCGCCUUCUAUGUUUACAUCGUGAAGGUUUUCGGCCCGGGCAUGAUGAGGAACGCCAAGGCUUACGAGCUCCGUCCGGUGAUCCUGUUGUACAACGCGGCUAUGGUUAUCGCGAACUUGUCGAUAUCCACCUACGUUAUUUACCACGCAUUCUGGACAGGUCACUAUGCCAUGUGGUUCACUACGCCGGACCGCGGAGAUCACCCCACGACACUCCUGCUGCUGAACGUGUCCUGGUAUUACCUCGUCCUGCGCUUGACGGAGUGCAUUGAAACUGUGCUUUUCGUCCUGAGGAAACGUUUCAGACAGGUUUCCACUCUACACGUUUUCCAUCACGUCUCGGUCACGUUUUCGGUUUACUUCUACAUCACCUAUGGGGGUUUCGCCCUUGCGUGCUUUGAGCUCACUUUCAAUGCCUUGAUCCAUGUUGUGAUGUACGGCUACUACUUCCUGUCCGCCUGCGGCCCUUCUAUCCAGAAAUACCUCUGGUGGAAGAAAUACCUUACCACUUUGCAGCUCGUUCAAUUCGCUAUCAUGAUCGCACGUAACAUCAUGCUCGUGUUCUGGCUCAAUAACAGAUACUCCGCAUUGCCCGCAUUCAUGUUGUUCCAGUGCUUCGUCUUCUUCCUCCAAUUCUUCCACUUCUACAUACAGUCAUACCGUCAGAAGCGCGAAGAGAAACUCCAGAAGCGGGCCGCUCAAAAAGCAGCGCAGAACAACAACCUCGAUGAACGGGUAGACGACAAGAAGAGUCUUUAGUGAAUGAUUGAGGCUGUUGGUUAGCGCAACUAGUCUUAGCUCGUCGGAUACCUCAUGUUCAAAUUAGGAUGGCUCACGUGAGCUGACUCAUAUUGGUUAAAGGAUAUAUACAGUCGAAUCCACCCGGAACAACCGGACGGCUCGAUACCGUCUUCUGAGAGUGCUACUAAUCGAGACCGAUGAAGUGACGCCGUUCGGAUUGGCGCUGGCUCGACAAAUUUUGGCUUCAAACUCCGAAUAGCUCUCUCUCGCUAGCUCAAAGUCUAAUCUGCUUCCUCGACAGACUCGGAGCCUGAAUUCGGCUCCAUCGGAGGAAACGAUAGAUAAGUUAGUGACAGUGAUGCCCAUGAACCAGAUAUCUUACAAUUUUAAUUUACCUUUUUGCCUUCAAUAACUCUAAUCCUGAAGAGGCUCAAAGCAGCUCACGACAAAAUUAUCUGUACAUACACUCACUCGCGAGGUGGGGGAUCGGUUGGAAAUAUGGUGAAGUCUGCUUUUCGAUGGACCGGCGAUGAUGAACGCGGAGACGACCCUGGAGAGGAUAUGUAAAUAAAGACAAUAUAAAUAAUUAUAACAAAACCGAU